GAGUGGGAAGGGACGUUGGACGCAGCGGUGGACUUGGACCCAGGUUGGUUUAGCUUCCAACCAUGGCUAGCCCUGAUUCCCUGCGACAGAGCCCCCAGCCCAGCUGCUCGGGGUACCCCCUGGACGUGGAUGUGGUGUUGGACGCCAUACCGGGGCCCUCAGCCCUCCAAGUGGACCCCAGCCCCCGGGCACAGGGCCCAGAUCGGACCAGGAGAGGAUGGUCCUGCUCAUCCGUGUCCUCGGAAGAGCCGGCUCUGAACAUCUGGGGGGACCCCAGCCCCCUGACACUGUUUGAGCAGCUGAGAAGGAAGCGGGACUGGUCCUCCUCUUCAUCCGGGGGUGACACCUCGGAAGUCAGGAAGAGAAGGAGGGGGUACUCCUCCAGCUCAAGGGAGGAGGAGGCAGGAGAGGAGAAAGAAGAGGAGGAGGAAGAGGAGAAUGAUGGGGAUGACGAGGAGGAGAGAGAAGCGGAGGUCGCCCCUGAGGUGCAGGACGUGAGCCUGGGCCCCAGACCUCAGCUGCUGUGUGUCUCGAGGAAAAGGAAGAGAGAGUGGACAUCUGAUGAGGAGGAGGAGGAAGAAGAGGAGGAGGAGGCGGAGGUAGCUCCCAAGCCUCAGGAUGCCUGGGAGGUGGAGGCCCUGUCUGCGCUCAAGAUGAAAAUCAAGAGACGUAGGGUGUCAGCCGUGUUCCCCGAGCACCACGAGGCCUUCACCCGGCUGCUGGAGGACCCCGUCAUUGAAAAGUUCCUGGCCUGGGACAAAGACCUACUGACUUCUGACAAGUACCUGCUGGCCAUGGUCAUCGCCUACUUCAGCCGCUUCGGCCUCUUCUCCUGGCAAAUUCGGAGGAUCCACUUCUUCCUGGCCCUCUACCUCGCCAACGACAUGGAGGAGGAUGAGCCGGCGCCCAAGCAGGCCAUCUUUUCCUUUCUGUAUGGCUCCGACCGCACCCAGAGGCCCCAGUUCCACAGGCUGCGCUUCAGGCUGGUCCGCACCAUGGGCUGGAGGGCCCGCGUCAGCCGCCAGGAGUGCGAGGAGAUCCAGGCCUACAACCCGGAUCUGUGGGUGUGGGGCCGAGACCGCACUCUCCUGCCCUGAGACUCCCACCCGUGGGGGCCCAAGAUCAUCAGCACCU